GAUGAAUUGAGGUCUCUAGAUCACAGUCAAGCCUUGAAUUCACUCUACAUCUUCAAUCAUCGUUCCAGCUUUCAACCCUAAGCUCAAGCUCAACCUCAGCCUCAGCCUCAACCUCAACUUGAAUAUCACCAACACAAGAAAUACCUACUUUUCUUUUUAUCACAAUGGGUUUCAUCAACGCCAAAUACUUCAACGCCCGCUACAAGUUGCCGGUACACAUCGCCGAGAUACUUUUAGUUUUGGUGGUCAUCAUCCUCACUGUUGUCCGUCUCGCUAUGGGAAAUACGCAACGGGUACACAUAAUGGGCAUCGCCUUCGGCAUUAAAUCCUUAAUAUUCGUACUUUAUCAACUCCUUACAGAACAUACCCAAAAGUUUCAAAAGUGGGCCAGCGCAAAGACCAAUUUCAUUCUCAACUGCGUGGACCAUCCAUUCUGGGCUGCAUUGAUGGGCAUGCUUUUCAUGGCAAACUUGAAAUCUUGCAGUGGCACUUCUUGUGGUGUUAGUUGGGCCAUGACAGCCUUAGCCAUGCCUCUCUCCCUUAUGAGUCUCUGGUUGGCUGUUACAACCUAUUUCGAAUACCGAGCCGCUCGCCCCAAAACUCUCCAAGAUACCAGCUACUCAUCGUGCUGA